AUGGGCAUCCUCAGAGCUGGAACUCAUUCGGGCUAUUUGGUCUGUUAUUUGCCCAAGAGCUGUGAACUUCGCCUUCUUGUUGUCAACCCCAGAGGUGCAUCUUCAGUUGUUGUCGAGUCGCCGACCUGUGUAGACGAGGUGAAAGAGAAUCUAACUCCGUCAUGCCGCAAGAGCAGUUGCAUUCGAAUCUCUUUGCCACGCGGCUACCAGCUGGUCUCAGGUGAGACAACAGCUCUCGAGCACUAUGACCUGCUCUGGAAGACCACCGGCUUGAUUCCGUAUCUGAGCGAGCCUUCCACUACAAAAGGUUGUCGGCCUCGCAGAUGGCCAAAGUCACUUGCCGGCCGAGUGAUGGUGACACCUGACCUCGGCACACCAUCUAAACCAAAUUGUAGAAUGAUCUGGUUGGCAGUCUCACCAUAG